AUGGCACCUAUAUUAAAGUUCGUGUACCUGUGGUUCAUCAAGCAAGGUUACUAUUACCUAGUGGAUACGGGGUAUACGAAUGGGAAAGGAUUCUUAGCACCUUACCGUGGUCAGCGAUACCAUUUGUCUGUUUGGAGAGAAGGAGCAACGCCAAAUAAUUACCAAGAAUAUUUCAACAUGAAACAUGCAUCAGCCAGGAAUAUCAUAGAAAGGUCUUUUGGAAUGUUGAAAAUGAGAUGGGCUAUACUUCGCAGUGCAUCAUACUAUCCCAUUAGAACCCAAAAUCGAAUUAUCACAGCAUGUUGCUUGUUACACAACUUCAUUCGACGAGAGAUGGUAGUUGACCCCCUAGAGGAUGAUCCAAACUUAGCGGAUGCCUUACAAAAUCAACCCCCAAUGGGAGAUGAUUUUAUUGAGACUGUUGAGACAUCUAACGAGUGGACUGAGUGGCGGGAUACAUUUGCAAUGCAAUUGUACAACAAUUGGUUGGCUAAUGGAGGGGCUGGAUAA